AUGAGCAUCGGCUCACUAAACCACCACCACCACCAACUCAGCAAUACCUCUGCAACAACCACAACACCAUGCAAAACCAAUAUAAUCACCAUCUCACAUCUCGCGUCUCGCGCCGUACGGCCCCAUCCCACAGAGCCGCUUACACCUGCCGAACCCUCCAACCCCAUCAUCACACCACCUCACCAAUCCCAUCCCAUCCCAUCACGGCCAUCUCACCCCAUCUCCCCCAUCGGCACCCGCCGCACCGCCCAUCACCCUUACCAUUUCCUACAUCCAUCCCUACACAGUACCGUACGUGCCGACCCUCACUCCCGCCGCACCCAUCUUACUAUAAGGGUUCUUAACAUCCCUACCACGAGCCGCCGCUGCCAAGCCCCCUUCCCAAAGAGCCUCAAACCGCUUACCCCCCCCUGUCAUACGCCUAAUUAG